UUCAUGAUCUAGAGGCGCAUUAGCAUAAUAUAAACUGUUAGCAUAAUGUGAAUGUAUCGCUGUACUAGUCCCUAAAAUUCAGUUUCUAUGACAAUUUCAUAGUGAAAUGCUACGAUAAAUAACAACGUUGAGUGUCGAUACCCUCAGUAUCAAUCAAAAAGACGAUUUGAUCAUUUCAAAAUGUCCAAAGUUCCACAAGUCAUUGUAGCUACCAAUAUUUAUCAUCAACGGGAGACAUAAAAAUUGUAUUUACUUAUAUGUACGGUGAGAUUUCACUAGCACGUUACCUCAGAAGGGAUUUAUUAUUUCAAAUAAAAAUUGCUAAAUUUACCAGAUAUCGGAAUAUCUUUCAGACAACCAUUUCACUGAAGGGCGGAGGGACGACUAUUUCCCCUCAUUUUCUCAUAAACUUCUGACCCCCGUCAUCGAAACUUCUCCCAGUCAUCUAUAACCUCCCCAAUUUGCAUAAAAAAAUAAUCCAGUAUUCUUGGCAAUUGAAAUUAGAGGUAGAAAACUUUAGAAUGACUAACGUUCAACGCAAGCGCGGGACUGGUCUCCUUUCAUCAGGGACUGACCACCCAGUGCUCAAUGAUUUUUCCAUGAGAAAGGAUGGACGAAAAGGCAUUCUACAUUACAACUCCAAAAAAGGAUCAAAGACAAGAUCAAAAUCUUGGACGAAAUUCGUUCAAGGCGGAUGCGGAUUAUGCUAUUGACAUAAUCAAAUGGCUCCUCAAGCCACUGGGAUUAUGGCCAAAAACACUCAACACAACGUGUUUCGAAAAGAUGACAGCCAUCUUCCUCAUGAGUAUUUGCACCUUUCUGUUGGCUUUCUUAAUAGUUCCAGGAAGUCUAUUCACAUUUGUGAAGAUUAAAAAUCCAGCUGUUAGACUGAAGUUAACCGGUCCCUUGAGCUUUUGCGUCAUGGGCAUAAUGAAGUACUAUUCCCUGGCCGCGGAACGUCACAAUAUCGCUAAUUGUAUCCGACACAUGACAGCCGACUGGCAGAAGAUCGUUUCAACAAGGGAUCGAGCCAUCAUGCUAGCAUACGCCCAAUUUGGAAGGUAUGGAGCAACAAUCUGCACUGGUUUCAUGUACAGUGGAGCCUUGUUUUAUGCUGUGAUUCUUCCAUACGUAUCAACUGGUGCUAAAAAUGAGGCUAAUGUCACGAUUAGAUCACUUGCCUAUCCAAGUUAUUAUGUUCUGUUUGAUCCACAAGAGAGUCCGGCUUAUGAACUUGUCUUUUCAACUCACUGUUUAUGCGCUUUUGUUAUGCAUUCCAUCACGAGUGCCACCUGCAGUCUUGCUGUGGUCUUUGCUAUGCAUGCAUGUGGACAACUGGAGAUUUUGAUCAUGUGGCUGAAUGAUUUGGUGGAUGGAGGUGGGGAUAAGCACAGAAGAGAUGAUGAUGCCGAUGAGAGGUUCUCGGAAAUCAUUGAUCAGCAUGUGAGAACACUCAGCUUCAUUAUCCGUGCAGAAGGUGUUCUUCGGGAGAUUUGUCUAGUCGAAAUAUGUGGCUGCACAUUAAACAUCUGUUUCAUCGGUUACUACUUGAUGAUGGAGUGGGCCCAAGCUGAUGCUAUGGGAAUGACAACAUACACAAUACUUCUCAUCUCUUUCGUCUUCAAUAUUUUCCUCUUCUGCUAUGUUGGAGAGCUUCUCACCGAAGAGUGCAAAAAAGUAGGUCAAACGACGUACAUGAUGGAAUGGUACAGGCUUCCUGAGAAAAAAGCUCUAGGUUUGACACUUGUCAUUUCAACUGCUCAACAUCCUGUGACGAUUACUGCUGGGGGAAUGAUUGCUCUGUCUCUCAGCAGCUUUUGCGCUGUCAUCCGAACAGCUGUUACAUAUCUCAAUCUUCUGCGAACACUCAUGGAUUGAGAUCGAAACCCGACUCAUUUGUAAAUAACGAAGAACGUUGUUAAUUGAUAAUUAAAAUAUUUUACUAUUGGAAGCGUAAAAUU